AUGGAGAAAAACCUCGAGAAGAAUCAUGAACUACAAUCAUAUCUUAACUUUACUAGUGACUCGUAUUUAGAAAGCAAUCAAAUUCAGCUGCCGAAUGAAGGUCGGGAGGAAAAAAGAAAAGUAGCCGAGGCUAUCUUCGGAUUAGGAAAUGUUUAUGGAAUUAAUAAUCAGUUUGACAAGGCAACUGAGUACUAUGAGCAAGUCGUGAAAAUUGCAAAGGAACAGAAAGAUAAAAAACAGGAGGCAAUGGCCUACAUUAAAUUAGGUGAUGCUUAUACAGAAAACAAUCAGAUUCGGACGGCACUUGAAUACUAUGAGAAAGCCUUAACAAUUGCAGAGGAACAAGGUGAUAAAGAUAUGGAAACAAAAAUAUACUUUUUGUUAGGAUGUGCCUACAUGGUGGACAAUAAGUCUGAAACAGCAAGAUACUUUGGAUACUUUGAGAAAGCAUUGGGAAUUGCAAAAGAACAAGGAGAUAAGCAGCAAGAAGGCAAGGCAUGCCUCAUAUUUGGAGCUGUUCACAUGUUUGACAAUCAGUCUCAAAAGGCAAUUGAAUUCUAUGUUAAUGCCUUAGAAAUUGCAAAGAAACAAGGAAAUAAGCAGAUGGAAAGAGAUGCAUGCAUCCUUUUGGCAAAUACUUGUUUAAUGAGCAACCAGAUUCAAAAGGCAAUUGGAUACUUGGAGAAAGCAUUAGAAAUUUCAAAGGAACGAAAAGUUGAACAGAAAGAUGCAGGUGUAUACAUGGUGUUCGAAAGAGCUUAUACAUUGGACAAUCAGAUUCAAAUAGCAAUUGAAUACUUCGAGAAAGCCUUGGAAAUUGCACAACAAGAAGAAGAUAAACAUCAAGAAGCACAGGCAUACAUUGGACUAGGAAAUUCUUAUCGUUUAAACAAACAGUUGGAAACAGAAAUUUAUUACUUCGAGAAAGCCUUGGAAAUCGUAAAGAAGCAAGAAGAUGAAGACCACGAAACAAAGGUAUCAGUUAAGUUAGGACAGGCUUAUUGUUCAAACAAACAGUUUCAAAUGGCAAUUAAACACUUCGAGAAAGCCUUGAAAAUUGCAAAGAAACGAGAGGACAAACAGCAAGAAACAGAUAUAUACUCUUUGUUAGGGGAUUCUUAUUUUUCAAACAAACAGUUUGAAACGGCAAUUGAAUACUUCGAGAAAGCCUUGAAAAUUGCAAAGGAACGAGGAGAUGAAGUCCAAGAAACAAAGGCAUCACUUGGGUUGGGAUUUGCUUAUAAAUCUAUCAAUCAGUCUCAAAAGGCAAUUGAAUUCUAUGUUAAUGCCUUAGAAAUUGCAAAGAAACAAGGAAAUAAGCAGAUGGAAAGAGAUGCAUGCAUCCUUUUGGGAAAUACUUGUUUAAUGAGCAACCAGAUUCAAAAGGCAAUUGGAUACUUGGAGAAAGCAUUAGAAAUUGCAAAGGAACGAAAAGUUGAACAGAAAGAUGCAGGUGUAUACAUGGUGUUAGGAAGAGCUUAUACAUUGAACAAUCAGAUUCAAAUAGCAAUUGAAUGCUUCAAGAAAGCCUUGGAAAUUGCACAACAAGAAGAAGAUAAACAUCAAGAAGCACAGGCAUACAUUGGACUAGGAAAUUCUUAUCGUUUAAACAAACAGUUGGAAACAGAAAUUUAUUACUUCGAGAAAGCCUUGGAAAUCGUAAAGAAGCAAGGAGAUGAAGACCACGAAACAAAGGUAUCACUUAAGUUAGGACAGGCUUAUUGUUCAAACAAACAGUUUGAAACGGCAAUUGAAUACUUUGAGAAAGCCUUGAAAAUUGCAAAGGAACGACGAGAUGAAGUCCAAGAAACAAUGGCAUCACUUGGGUUGGGAUUUGCUUAUAUAUCUAUCAAACAGUCUCAAAUGGCAAUUAAAUACUUUGAGAAAGCUUCGGAAAUUGCAAAACGGCGAGAAUGUAAAUUUGAGCAAACAUGUGCAUACAUUGGGCUAGGAAAUGCUUAUAAAUUGAACAAUCAGAUUGAAAAAGCAAUUGAACAUUUUCAGAAAGCGUUGAAAAUUGCAAAUGAAGAAGGUCAUAAACAGCUAGAAACAACCACAUACCUUGCGUUAGGAAAUGUUUAUGGUGUGGAAAACAAGCUUAACCCCAAAACGGCAAUUGAAUACUUCGAGAAAGCCUUGAAAAUUGCAAAAGAACAACAAGAUAAAAAACAGGAAACAGAUGCAUUAAUUGGUUUGAGACGUACUCAUGAAUCGAACAAUCAAGUUCAUAUGCAAACAUUCAAAGAACUUAGAGCCAAAGAAAUUGCACAACAACGAGGAGACAAACAACAGGAAAUGCAGACCUUAAGAGGAUUAGGAAAUACUUAUAUAAAAACCGUUGAGGGUCAAACGAAUAAUGGAUACUUAGAGAAAGCCGUAAAAAAUGCUUUAGAGCGUGAAGGCAAACGUCAAGACGAAAAUACUGCAAGAAAUGCAACUGAAAAAUUAUCAAGAAAUACAGGUAAGCUUAUAUCACCUUUACGUUUGAAGAAUAGUUUCGAUUACUCAAUAUACGCUUUCCCUUGACUGUAUCGUGAUGACUUAGGAUUUUACAGGGUGUCUAAAAAAACGCUAUGGAAAUUCAACAAGCCGUUGUGCAUCAUAAACGUGGCUGAACAAUUAGAUUUUUACAUAUAGGACGAAAAAACAGUUAUUUAGCUUUUCAAUGAUACUCUUUUUUAAUCGUAACCAUGAAAAAUGUCCACUUACCCGUCAAAUAAAAAUUGCCGGUGUCCCAGGAUUUUCGCCCCCCCCUACAUUUUCGCCCCCCCGCCCGGGGGCGAAAUUCCUAGGAAUAUCGCCCACCCAGGGGGGAAAAAUCCUAGGAAUUUCGCCCCCCUUUAGGAAAUUCGCCCCCUUUAUAAGGUCCCACCUUAAUAGGGUCCCAAUCUGAGAGCGAGAGCGUAAAAUUGAGUAUGUUCCUUAAAUUGGUCAGAAUAUUUUUUAAGUUUGAGGGCCCCUUACAGGACCUUCACAUGCAGUCUGGCUAAAGUAUAGCUCAAAAAUAAUGAUGUCAUGGGGCCCCCAGGGAAGAUUUGUCCCGGGCCCCACGAAUUAAUUCUCUCGGCGGUCCUGUCAAUAUCAAUGGAAUCUAAUAAUCAUGAUUUUUUCUGUGUUGGUGUAAUCUGCUCAGGUGAAUAAGAUGCUUGUGAUGUCUACUCUGAGUGUAUAUCCACACCGGGCAAGCUUGAAAAAUAUGUUUGGCCACAAUGACCAGGCAUGCUUUCCAAGCUUGCCCGAUGUGGAUAUACACUCAGAGUAUAUAGCAUCCCAAGCAUCUUAUUCACCUGAGUACAUUACACCAACACAAAAAAACCGUUUAUGACUGUUUUCAAUCUUUCGAUUUAUAGAUGAAGUCGACGAUAAUUAUCAUAAUAAAACUUUUCGAGCAUCAGACACAUCAGAUAGUGUUCAACGGCAGGACACCCAACACGAAAUUGGCGAUAAUGUUGUCAGCGUUGGUGAUAGAAUAGCAUCGGCGGAACAAAUGUUAGGGCAUUCCAAACCAAAUGGGGACAAAAAUGAAGUUGCUAUCAAAAGCAACAAAAAACCAGCUCCUGUUGCGAAUGAAACAGAUCUCAAAAGGAGCAAAGCAAAAGCUUAUCAACAAAUGGGAAACGUAUCUACUAGAACAGGCAAGUAUAAAAAAGCAAUUGAGUAUUAUCAGAAAGCACGUAAAAUAUUUCCAGGCAUCAAAACAGAUAAAGUAGAAGUGAUAGCAUAUCAAUGGCUAGGUUACAACCAUCUGCAAACUGGUCAGUACCAAGAAUCCAUAACCUAUUACAAAGAAACUUUGGAACUUGCUUCACAGCUUGGUGAUCUAAAGAGGAAAAUCAACGCUUACCUGGGAUUAGGAAGUGCAUACAGUAAUACUGGCGAGUUUGAGUCCGCACGAAAGUAUUUCUUAAAAGCACUUACAGUAGCUGAAGUCAAAGAGAUCAAUGACAAAGGUCUCCAAAAGGAAACGUACACAAACCUAGGAAAUAUAUACUACAAGAUUUGCAAGUAUGAUGCAGCUGCCAAGUCGUACCUCAAAGUUCAAGAAAUAUCCCACGAUCUUGGUGAGAAAAAAGAAGAAUGGCACGCCUAUCUCAUGCUCGGCCACACGUUUCGACAAUUAAAGAAACACGAGAAAGCCAUUGAAUCUUACCGAAAAGCAUUAGACAUUAAUAAAUAACUGGAAGAUGAAGGAAUCCUAAGAAAUAAUUCUAAGAAAGAUCAAGAAGGAAUUAUAAAUGAGUGGUGCGGAUACUGUUGCCAUUUUAUUGGUCAACAUCAUAAAGCAAUAACAUUUUAUGAGAAAGCAAAAGAUAUUGCGAAAGAAGUUGGAGACAAAUAUCAAGAAUAUCGCACAAAUCAAGCCAUCGGAAAUAUCCUCUGCAACAUUGGUAAUUACGCGAAGGCGAAUGAAAAUUACCAAGAAGCUUUCAGAAUUGCUGUGAAACUUGGUGAUAAACAUUGUGAAGGAACAUCAUGUUUAAAUUUGGCAUCAGUUUGUAGCAAAGAUUGUGAUUACGAGAUUGCGAUAAAAUGGUACGAAAAGGCACUGGAUGUUUUUGGAACGGAGUUUGAUGAUCACAUUCUGAAAGAGAAGGCUCUUACUGGUUUGGCUAUUCCCUGGUUUAAUCUUGGAAAUACUCGAAAAGCAAUUAAAUCAGUUCAAAGAGCUCAAAAAAUUUCUAUUGAGAAAACCGACAAAGGUAAUUAUUUCUGAUAAUCAAUGUUAAAAUUCAAAUAGUGCAUAAAAAGAAAGUACGUUUGGCUAAUUUUUUCGUCAAAUAUUGCAUGUAUAUUGAAGUUCUAAACUUUUGAAAAUUGUAUUCGCAUUACGGCAGAUUACCUUGACAUCGACCUUACGCACCAGAACAGAAAUUUUACAAAGAAAAUCUCGUCGUCACAAACACCAGGUAAGUUCAAUUGAAAGCGUUUUACAAUCGUUAUAAUUUGAUUGUUGAAAUUUAGAUAUUUUGCUGCAAAUAUACCAACAAAAAAAAUUGAAAGAACAACGAUUUAGAUCCGUAUUUUUGGACAUUCAAGUAUUAUUUGUUGAAAAAGAAGCAUCUAACAUAUGUGAUUUUUCCUAUUUUUUGGCUCCACGCGUUGGUCGGGUUCAGUACUACAACAAAUAAAAGCGAUAGCGUCAUAACUAAUGUCAACUAUACUUAAGGUGGCUCGAUACAGUUUAGGUUUUGUGCAGCAGAUAUCAGGAUGUUCAUCAUCUAUUUUUAAUCAUUUUUCUUUUAAAUUAUGCCAGUUUUGGUAACAUAAAUCUCGUCGCUACGGCAACACACGCGUAAGGAAUUCACCCUAUAAUACCCUAUUGGUUUGUGUAUUUGAAAAAGAAGCACGGUGACUGUCAUCAAUUGUGCACAGUGCACUACUUUUUUUAGAACAUAGCCUAUAACAAUAAGCAAAAUAUUAAAAAAUUGUAGAUGCCAUUAAAAAACCCCGCCGAAAUGUCGUUUUCUUUGAUAAAAUAUUUUUGCAUUGCAGAAUUUUUUUAACCUUGGUAUAUUGAAAUAUUUUAAAAAUACAAUACAAAAAUGAAAUAUAGCUCACUCCUUUUUUACUCACGGAUGUUGCGGAGCAACACUUUGUGCCAAUUGGCAUUUGUUGUGAC